AUCGUUAGCGGGAAGGAUCGGAGAUGUGCGCCGGCGGUUGAUCGCGCAUUUGGUAGAUCCUAGAUCCCCAGCUUCACACGUCUUCAUACUUCCGGAACUGCUGCUUGGACUGGCAGCGGAUUCACCCCCACCGUCUCUGCCUAGAGGUGGGCACACCAGGAGUGUGAAACAAUGACAUCCCUUGCGCAUCAGCUGAAGCGCCUUGCGCUUCCUCAGAAUGAUCCCAGCCUCUUAUCUAGAAGUGAAGCGGCUUCAUUGCUCUUUGAUUGUAAAGAAGCUGCCAGUAUUGACAGAGAGACUUUUUUUGCAAUAGGGUGCACUGGCUUGGAAGAGCUGAUUGGGAUUGACCCGUCCUUUCAGAUAUUUGAGACAACACUUUUCAGUCAAAUAUCUAAAGGUUUGGAACGCAGUGUCCAAACUAAAGCAAUAAACCAGCAACUCGAUGAAAAUAUUUCAUUGUUCCUGAUUCACUUGUCUCCAUAUUUCAUGCUUAAGCCUGCACAGAAAUGUCUUGAGUGGCUGAUUCACAGGUUUCAUAUUCAUCUGUACAAUCAAGACAGUUUGAUUGGCUGUGUGUUGCCUUACCAUGCAACAAAGCUGUUUGUGCGAGUUAUCCAACUUUUAAAAAUUAGCGACCCAACUCAUAAAUGGCACUGGUUGCAUCCAAUUCAGAAACCAGGAGUCCCUCUUGCACGAGGAACUUUGAUUACACACUGCCACAAAAAUUUGGGUUUCAUGGAUUUCCUAUGCAACUUAGUGACUAAAUCUGUAAAGGUCUUUUCACAAUACCCAGAGAGUUCAUCAGAGAUGAGAGUCCUGCUGACUUUUUAUGCUUCUACAGUUGUAUCUGCUCUUGGGGCUGUAGCAAAUGUCACAGACAUUCUUGUCUCCAGAUUGCUUCCAUAUAUCCAAAAGGGUUUGAAAUCAUCCUUGGUGGACUUCAGAGCUGCAACGUAUAUGAUCAUAUGUCAGUUAACUGUGAGGGUGACAAUGGAACAAUCACUGGUUCGUUCCUUGAUGUUGCUGAUUAGUAAGACUUUGACCAAAACACACUCUCUUGUCAAAGACGGGCUUUGCUGCUUGAUAGUUCUUCUACAGAGCCAGAAGGAAGAAGGACUUGGGAAAAAGCCAUAUGUUCAUCUGUGUAAUGUACCCAAUCUGAUUGCCAUUCUUCAUGAAAUCUCAGCAGUUCACGAUGUCAGUCCAAUUUUACAUUAUCUGCUGCCCCAUCUAGUUCAUUCAGCUAUUUAUGGAAAAGCAGAGAUGGAAGAAGGAUCCAACACAAUUGAUAAUCAAAUCUACAUUAAACAUCUAGAAACUAUACUUACAACUAUACCGCUGGAAAAAGAUUUGGAUCAUUUAUUGGCUUGUAAGUUUCUGGAGGAUUAUAUUUCCUAUGGUGUAAAGAAUGGUUCUGAAAUUAAUAAAGCUGAAAUUAAUAAAGAAGUACUUCCUCUAAUCAGACUUUUUGAAAGAAAGUACUCUAGAACGCUAGAUUUGGUACUGGAGAAAUAUCUGAAGAACAUCAGAGAUCAGAAGGAGCAAGAUCUUUUCCACCAAUUCAUUUCUCUUUCAGUGAGCGGUGGUAAAUACCAGUUUCUAGAAGAUUCAAAUACCUCUCUGCUCCUUAGUUUGAAUCAUUCACAGCCAGCAGUGAGAGUCCUGGCUGUUCAACAUUUGAAAGAAAUAAUUGAAACAUCAAAGGAGGGCUUUGAUGACUCUUUCAUACAAGAAGCAAUUGUAGCACGACUCAAAGAUGAUAAUUUAGAUGUGGUUAUGUCAUCUCUACAUACACUAGAUAGUGCCUUGGUUCAUUUGAAUAUAUUUAGUGAACAAAUUGGACUCAGUCUAUUGUCUCUGUUUGAAAGAGCUGAUCUCUCAAAGGAUAAAAAAUGGUGCAAAAUCCUAGAAACAAUACUAUGCCUUUUAAUGAAAGUAGAUAAUAUUAAGGAUAAUAAAGAUCUCUUCAAUCAAUUAGUCCUACAUCUGCUACCUUUUCUGGUCAUAACCAACAAAGAUUUAGAAUCUGCUGAAGGGAGAGUGGCAAUUUGCAUAACAGAGUCUGGUCUUUGUUCUCUUCAUCCUUUGUUGAAAGGUUGGCCACAAGUUUUCCAAGAGGUGACUAAGUCAUCUAAAUCAGGAGACGUACUAGGUACAUCUAACGCCAAACUGCUGGACCUCUUGUCCAAGAACCUGAUUGCAGAAGAUUCUUCCUUCAUGUCAGAAAUGGUGGAAGGUUUCAUCAGUCUUAUUGAAAAGGAAUCUCUUACUGGAAAACAGAAGCUAACAGGCCACAUUUUAAGUUUCGUCCUUGUCCAGUCGUGUUGUAGUUGCUCCCAAAUGGGAGAUCGUCAUUUAUUCCUGGCUUUAAGGAUCUUCCAUUUUUUGAGUAAAAAAAUGGACAGAUUUAAAGACAACUGCCCUUCAGAGGAGAACAUUUCUACUGAGUUCCCAUAUGGGAAUGAAUCUUUCUGGGACCUGUUAUCGACAUAUGCAAACAAAUUAAACAUUCAGACCUCGGUUGAUCUUGAAGAUGCCAUGCUGUUCAUCAUUUUGUUGAGAAGUUUUAUUGAAGGCUUGGUCUCUCCAAAUUCCUUUUUGAAAGAUGAGGUCUGGUGGAAUCCUGAAAUUUUAAAUGCAGACAGUAAAGAUUAUUUGCACCUCCUAUUGGGACUGUUUGACAUUGUUGUCCGCGGAGCAAGUGAGGGGUUCUGUGCUGGUCAUUUUCGGGCAAUGAUGCGACUUCUGUUUGAGGUACAUUUGAAAGGACCAGAGCAUCAAUUUAGAUUUCUCUCUGUUGUAUGGACUUACAACUACAACUUGUGCAAUCAGCUGAAUUUUGUGAUGGAUGCUGUGCUGCAAACUCAGGCAUUGUACAUAGGAUGUGUCAUGCUCGAAUCGCAACCCAAGCAGAAAAAAAGGCAAUUGGUGUCAACUGCAUCUCCAGUAAUUGUAUCUCUGUUGAUCAAUUUGGGAAGUCCUGUAAGCGAAGUCCGAAGAGCUUCUCUCAAAUGCCUUCAUUCCUUAAGUGGAGUAGAAGAAUCCAUAUUUCAUCCUGUGCUUCAGAGUUUCACGAAGAAAGCUGAGGAAAUAAUGUCUGAUUCAACUUACGUUACCCAGGUUCUUGGUGAUCUCUUUGGAGGAGAACCUACCCAACCGAAGCGAAAAGCCAAGCAACAGAAAUUGUCAGAGGCAUUGACGGCCUUACUUGAAUGUGUCCAGGACUUUAGAUGUCCUUCCUAUAUUGCAAGAAACCUGGUGAAAAUUCUUCACGAAGUCAAUGGCAGUGGGGUGCUUCUUAGCUUGCUGCCUCUCCUCGAUCGGUUAUUGGAGAAAGCUUCUGGUACAGGACAGAUGUUGAGAGAUGAAGCCCUUCUUUUGCACCUCGUUCUUGGGAAAUACAAUGAACACUCGUCAACACUCCUUUGCACAAAUCAAGAGUGCCUACAUCUGUUCAUCAAAGCUUUGCAUGCCUCACAAGAAGUGUACCAGGGCCUUCAUCCUUUUCAGAUUACAGCUCUUGGGCAGAUUACAAAACCUUUCUUUGCUGCACUGCCAGAUGGGAAGGUACAGCAAAGGAUUCUGGGAGCUCUUUUUGACUUACUCCUCAAUUGCAAGAAUCUACAUUGUGCCCAGACAAUUGGCAGCGUAUUUAAAGGGAUUUCAGUAGAUGCUGAGCAGAUUAGUAUCGAACUGGAACCUCAGCCUAAACUCAAGACUGUUGCUACCGUUCACCAGACAAGAAGACAGAAAAUACAGCAGCAGAGGAAAGUCCAAGAUCAAGAAUGUGUACAAGAAGAAAGUACAAACUGGCAAAGAAUUACACUUAUCCUAGAAUUGCUGCAGCACAAAAAGAAGCUCAAACAGCCUCAGGCUCUGAUAUCUACCCUUUUCAAUUUGCUAUCUAGGUGUCUAGAACCUACUGCAGGGGAAGAAAAUCUGGAAUACACAAAACAACUAAUACUUGGUAGCUUGUUAAAUAUUUGUCAGAAGCUGUCCCCAGAUAGCAACAGGAUAAAGGCAGGUCUCCUGGAUGAAGAGAAAUUCAACGUGGAACUGAUCGUUCAGUGCAUCCGGGUCUCAGAAAUGCCACAGACCCAUCACCACGCACUGCUCUUGCUGGGCACUGCAGCUGGAAUGUUUCCUGUGAGUUCAUUGGAAGAUGACCCCGGACAAAAGAAGUCAAGGCCACUCAGGACACAAUCCUACAGUCAAGAAACAGAACUCUUUGAUGUGGAGUCUCACUCUGGCAAACAGUUGAGGCAUUUGAAAUACCUGGCUGUCUCUUUCAUGUCACAGCUUCUGGCUUCACACAGUUUUGUAAAAAAAGUAGUUGAAUGUGAAGAUUCUGAAGAGCUAAAGGAACUUGAACAAAAGUAUGCAGAGGAAGAUGGUAGGUCUUCAGGAACUGCAGGCAACAUAGAAGGAGUUGUGAUUAAAAUAAUCCGGGUUUUCGUGGAUGCCUUUCCCCACGUGCCAGAGCAUCGGCGCCUCCCAAUUCUAGAGCAACUUACAAGUACUUUGGGGGCGGAGCGAUUUCUGUGGAUUCUUUUAGUACUACUGUUUGAACAACAUGUCACCAAAUCUGGGGCUGCAGUAGCCAGUGGGGAGAAGGAUAUUGCUUUGGAAACCGAUACGGAAUUCUGGAUUUCUGUAUGUUGUGAAUUUAGUGUAAUUGAACAGUUGCAAAGUUUAAUGAAGCUACUCAACUAUUUAACAAACCUGCCAGAGAACAAAGAAGGUUGUUGGAAAAAAUUCUUUGCUACAUAAAUGCAGUGGCGCAAUCAAUAGAAAAAAAUGCCAACACUUUGACAGCCAAAUUCUGGAAGGUUUUGCUCAACAAAUCAUAUGAACUACUGGAUAAAAUAAAUUCUUUAAUUCCAACAGAAACCUUUAUUCCUGUCCUCAGGGGCCUGAUGAUCAAUCAGUUGCCCUCAGUGAGACGUAAAGCCAUGGAUCUCCUCAACAAUAAACUGCAACAGAACACUCAAUGGAAGCAAACCCAGGUGGAACUGCUGCUAGAAUUGGUUCCCGACCUCCUCUCUGUGGUGCAGCAUCCGGAAGCUGAGGAGCAGGCAAUUAAUAGGCAGACGGCCUUGUAUAGCUUGAAGUUGCUGUGCAAGUGUUUUGGCAGAGAGAAACAUGAGCUGUUUGUUGCUGUGCUAAAAGUGGCCAUUGAGGUGAUUUCUUCAGAUGGGAAAGAAGAAAGAAAUGUCGUGGGAAGUGCUCUGUUGUGUGCUGCUGAGAUCACCUGUGUGUUGAAAGCAUUGGCUAUACCUCAACUUCCAAGGCUUAUGCCGGCAUUGCUAAAUAUACUGAAACACAAAAAGGACUUAGUUGCCAAUGAAAUUUAUUUACUUAGCACAGUGACAGCUCUACUGAAAAUUGUGGAAACGUUGCCACGCUUCCUCAGCCCAUAUUUGCUGAAUGUCCUGCUCCAGGUGGUCCACUUGGACAGAAUUACUGUUGAAAUGGGACCUUCAUCCCAAGUUAAUCUACGCGUGGCAUCUCUGAAAACCACUUUGGCAACAAAACUUCCAUCAAGAGUUCUUCUGCCAGCAAUUGCCAAGUGCUAUGGUGAAAUUGCAAGUGCUUCUAAGAAUGAUGUAGGUACUAUUAUGGAUGUUUUGAAGGAGCACAUUGUAACUCUGGAGAAAGAUCAGCUCUCUGCUCAUCAAUCUGAGCUAACAGCAUUUUUCACAAAGGCUUUGGACUUCAGAACCGAACACGCUCAGGACAAUUUAGAGAAGGUUGGCAAAAUAGAAGCUCGGAUUAUCGCAUGUUUAAUCAGCAUGGUUAUGAAGCUUUCUGAAAUAUCUUUCCGGCCCCUGUUUUUCAAGCUCUUUGAUUGGGCCAAAACUGAAGGUGCCCCAAAGGAUAGACAGUUAACUUUUUACCGCCUGGCAGACUGUAUUGCUGGUGAGCUAAAAGGGCUGUUCAGCCUAUUUGCUGGCCAUUUAGUGAAACCUUUUGCUGACAAUCUCAACCAGAUCAACACAUCAAAAAUAGAUGCAGAUGAAGCUUACUUUGACUCCGAGGGUGACACUGAAAAAAGUUGCUUAUUACUACAGUAUAGCCUUGACUGUUUGUACAAAAUCUUCCUUUUUGAUUCUCAUCAUUUUGUGAGCAAAGAAAGGGCAGAAACAUUGAUGCUACCUUUAGUCAAUCAGCUGGAAAACAUGCUUGGAGGAGAAGAGAGAUUCCAGGAGAGAGUGACUGUGCAUUUGAUUCCAUGUAUAGCGCAGUUUGCAGUUGCAAUGGCAGAUGACGCUCUGUGGAAGCCCCUGAACUAUCAGAUUUUGCUAAAGAUGAGGCACGCAUCACCCAAGGUUCGAUUUGCAGCUUUGUUGGCUUUGUUAGAGCUUGCUGAAAAAAUAAGAGAGAAUUAUAUGGUGCUACUACCAGAAUCCAUUCCUUUCUUAGCCGAGCUUAUGGAAGAUGAAUGUGAAGAAGUGGAGCAUCAGUGCCAAAAGACCAUUCAGCAGCUUGAACUUAUUCUUGGGGAACCACUCCAGAGCUACUUUUAAUCCCACCCCCCAGCUCUUCUCUGUUUAGAGGUUAAGAUUUGCAAGAAGGACCAACCUUUUUCCUCACUCUUUGUUUUAUGAAUGCUUUUACAAAUAUAUUUGACCAUUUUGCUCAAUAUUUAUGUUAAAAGGACUGUUUAGAUUUUAAUUAAAAAGGGACAAAUUUUUAAGUGUAACUUCUUUAUAUUUACGUUUUAAACGGUUGCAUUACACUUACUAUACCGAAUAAAGUUUAAUUUCUUAUAACUUU